CUCUGCUGUCACCCCCUGCUCGCGGGGUGUCCCCCCUGCUGUCCCCACCAUGCUCUUCUGGCACGGCCAGCCCGACCACUACUGGUCCGGCCCUGGGGAUGUGUACCCCCUGCCCAGCUCCGGGGGGCUCAGGGACCCCCCCGUGCUGCCCUACCUGAAGCAGGAGGAGCCCAACGGCAUCUCCACGUCUCAGCCGCCCAUCCCCGCCUUCCAGUACGUGCUGAGCGCCCCCACCUCCCCGGCCGUGCGGCACCACGAGGAGACCCUCACCUACCUCAACCAGGGCCAGUCCUACGAGAUCCGCAUGAUGGGAGCGGCGCGGGGGGACCCGGCCGAGGGCCGCAGGAUGGUCAAGAGCGUGCUCCGGGUGGUUUUCCACGACCGGCGGCUCCAGUACUCGGAGCAGCAGCAGCUCGAGGGUUGGCGCUGGAGCCGCCCGGGCGAUCGGAUCCUGGACAUCGACAUCCCGCUCUCCGUGGGGAUCCUGGAGCCCCAAAUCCACCCCACGCUGCUCAACACGGUGGAAUUCCUCUGGGACCCCUCCAGGCGCACGUCCGUGUUCGUGCAGGUUCACUGCAUCAGCACCGAGUUCACGCUGCGGAAGAACGGGGGGGAGAAGGGGGUCCCGUUCCGCAUCCAGAUCGACACCUUCGGGGCGGGGGGCAAGGGCGACCCCCCCGAGCACCUGCACUCGGCCAGCUGCCUGGUCAAGGUGUUCAAGCCCAAGGGCGCCGACAGGAAGCAGAAGACGGACCGGGAGAAGGUGGAGAAGCAGCCGGCGGCGGAGCGGGAGAAGUUCCAGCCGUCCUACGAGAGCACCGUGCUGGCCGAGUGCCCCCCGUGGCCGGACGCGCUGGGUGCCCCCCUCAGCCCCCCGGGCACCCCGGGGCUGCCGUCCCCGCACCCCUACAAGCUGCUGAGCCCCGAGAGGGUGUGCGUGUCCCCCGAGGGACCCGAGGAGAGUCCUGGCGAGGCGCUGAGUCCCUGCGCAUCCCCGCUGGAGACGCAGCAGUGGCUGCUCCGGCGCCGCUUCUCCUCCUGCGCCCGCGUCUUCGCCAACUUCAGCGGAGCCGACCUGCUGAAGCUCUCCCGCAGGGACCUGAUCCAGAUCUGCGGAGCCCCCGACGGCAUCCGCCUGUGCCACGCCCUGGCGGGCAGGUGCCCGCGGCCCCGGCUGACCCUGUACGUGGCGCGGGAGCCCGGCGGGGCUGAGGCUGCGGAGGAGGCGGGAUCAGGGCUGUACCAGGAGCUGCACCUGCAGCACCUGACGGUGUCCGAGCUCUCUGCCCAGCUGGCCGAGCUGCUGGCGCUGCCCCCGGCGCAGAUCCUGCGCCUGUCCCGGCAGGGACCCGGCGGCAUCCACGUCCUGGUCAGCGACGCGAUGAUCAGGAACCUCCAGGACGAGACGAGUUUCGUGGUGGCGAUCGCCAAAGCCCCCGGCCCCGACGGCUUCCAGCUGCUGCUGCGGUAGGAGCGGCGACACCCCGGGAAGGGACAUCGCUGGAGCCGUGCGGGGACCGAGAGGGGAGCCCGAGGGUGGCCCAGCCCCGAGAGUCCCCCCUUGUCCCUGUGUCCCCCCCCGUGUCCCCCCCCGUGUCCCCCCCCGUGUCCCCCACCGUGUCCCCGCUUUGUAUUAAAGGACGGCGGAGCGGCCCCG